UCGUUGUUUUCCAGAUCUCAAAGCAAGGACAUGGCUUCAAAUGAAAGAGAGAUUGUGGUUUGGGUUUGCCAGGAGGAGAAGAUUGUAUGUGGCCUGACAAAGCGCACAACUUGCUCAGAAGUGGUUCAAGCACUGCUUGAGGAACAUCAGACAACAUUUGGAGAGAAAAAGGUCCUUUUUGGAAAACCUAGUGAUUACUGCAUUGUAGAAAAAUGGAGAGGCUCAGAGCGAGUACUGCCUCCCUUGACAAAGAUUCUGAGACUUUGGAAGGCCUGGGGAGAAGAGCAGGCUAAUUUGCAUUUUGUCUUGGUAAAGUCAGAUGCUUUCCUCUCGUUUCCAUUGUGGAAGACAGCAGAAGCCAAGGUAGUACAAAACAUAGAAAAGCAGUGGGACCUCAGCCCAGCAAACUACAUGAAGAUGUUGCCAAUAGACAAGCAAAAGAAAAUUGUGAGGAAGACUUUCCGUAAACUGGCCAAGCUUAAGCAGGACAGUGUUCAGCAAGAGAGAGAUAAUAUGGAGACACUGAUUCAUCUGAUCAUUUCUCAGGAUCAUACGAUUCAUCAACAAGUCCUUAGAAUGAAGGAACUAGAUAUGGAAAUUGAAAAAUGUGAAGCAAAAUUCCAUCUAGAUCGUGUGGCGAAUGAUGGAGAAAAUUAUGUGCAAGACUCCUAUUUAAUGAUCAGUACAAGUGAGGCUGAACAGCAAGGGAGUAGGCCAGAUGAUCAAAAAGAGAUGCAUGAUUAUUUAAGCAAAAGUGAGGGAAUUUUACAGGUUGAAGAGAGACUCAAACAUCACAAACAAUUAAUAGAGAACCUGUGUGCUGAAAUUGAAAGAGAAGUGCAUGGUAUAUGCAUGGAAAAAAAUGGGGAGGAUGCUCACACAGAAGGAGCAGCUAAUGCUGAACUGGAAACCUCAGAUUUGGAAACUGUAAAAUAUGAGCUGGAAAAAAGCAUGAAAGAUGGUCUGAGGAUCAACUCAUACCUGAGCUGCAUCCAGAAAGAACUUACAUACAGGGACUCACUGCUUCAAAAGAAGGAAAAAGAAUAUGAACUCCUUACAGAAGAAUUUAAUUUACUACAUGUUAAAGACAACAUUGAAACUAGGCUUCAAUCAAAUGAAGAGCCAUCCAAGGGCAGUGUCAUUUCCAGUAACAGCAUUGCUGUUCCUGACUUUGUUCAUAGAGUGACUAAUCUGGACAUCAAUGAUACAGACUCUGACACUGGAAUCAGCUCUACACACAGUCAGGACUCUGAAAUAACUGCAGGGGACAUGGUACUGUUGUCAACAUAG